CUGGGUGUGUGGCUGAACUUGUUAAAGCUCUGACGAAUGUGUUUGUGCUAAACCUGCUGUAGUCUGCCCUACCCCCUCUCCUUGGAACUAUUAAAUGCUGCCUCCAAGUGUUCCAGGAAAAACAACUUUUCAAGCAAUAGGCUCAGCCGAGAACCGUGGAAACUGACCCUGUUAGCACACACAUUUAAAGUUAUCUCGGCUUGGAACAGCAAACUCAACGCUUUGUCAGCAUAAAGCAGGGUGGUUGUUAGGUUGGAACGCCUCGUCCCACGUCAGCAGAUUGCACAACAAACACGUCACACUAGUUUCUCCAGAACUUCAAGGAGGAGCUGGGUAAAUACAUUCCGGUUGACAGCAAAAAUGGAUCUUGUAAAACAUACAGGUGGCUGCCACUGCGGCGCGGUUCGAUUUGAAGUCCGGAGUUCUCCAAACCUCCAUGUUUUCGAUUGCAAUUGUAGCAUUUGCACAAAGAAACAAAACCAUCAUUUCAUUGUUGCAAAAAAUCAAUUCACACUCCUACAGGGGUUGGAUAGUCUGACGACAUACACUUUCGGCACUCAUGUUAGUCAACACACCUUCUGUAAAACCUGUGGAGUUCAAAGUUUCUUCAUACCUCGCUCCAACCCAGAUGGAUAUGGCAUUGCCCCACACUGUCUGGAUCCAGGUACAGUGCAAAGUUCCACAGUGGAGAAAUUUUGUGGGGAGAAGUGGGAGGAAAGCAUGGAAGCUCACAAGAGCAUCAGGGACAUGUCUAGACCUGCACCGGACACAUUGGAUGAAAGAAAAUAACAGGAUAAGAAACCAAAAUCGAAUAUGUUUUUAAUCAGUAGUACACAAGAGAUACUGUAUAGUAUUUUGGACCCUGUUUCAUAGCAUAGUGUUUUUAAACAGUGUAAUGACUGAAAACCAUAAAGACAUUUUUAUAGCAACGACGCAACAGACAUUUCUAUUGUUGCAAUUUAAAAACGACUGUCAGCUUCUUUUGUGGACGUCUUGUGAAAAACAGUAUUCAGGCUACUUUAGCCAAUAAACAAUACAUCUUUAUUCACUGUGAGCCAAACAGCUCAUCAGAUCAACAAGCUAUUAAAUUCCCGGCUAGUGUAACAUUCAGGAUGGAACAAACUUUCAAUAGAUCUUCAGGUUCUUUGGUCCUUGUGGAAUCAUCUGGAAUGUGUUUAUGAACAUGUAGCGCGAGAAGGCGACGUACAGAUGCCGAAACCACAGGAGUUGAGUGCGAUGACAGAUCAUUGCAGCCUGACAAGAAAAAGAGAGAUUAUAAUUUUCUGUUUUAGAUGAUGGUGACGUUUAAAACAUGCACUAGACACUUUACCUGAAGCUUUUCCUGUUGAUACAGUUUAAAUCUAUUGUAAAGGUAUUCAUUUCUUUAUGUACCAUAAGCUUAAUAAAAUUAUUUAAACUCAA